CUGGGCCGACAUUAUCGAUAGCUCCAACAAUUGGCCUAUCGAUUCAACGCUGUUAAUUAAUCACUUUUACUGUUUACGUUUUUAAUUAAACGGUGUUAAUUAAAUUAACAAUAACGGCAGCUAUUAUUCCACUGCGACGCAUAAACGAAGCCGCGCCAGUCGUUGCGACGACCCCAUUAUCCAAAUCGCCCUAGGAAAAAGCCACCAGGAAGUUCCCACAUUUAACUGUAACAAGUGCGUGUGUGUGUGUUCGAGGAGAGUGCAUAUGUUCAGUUCAAGCUCGGUGAAUAAUUUACAGUUUGGCCUUCCCCCUGUAGAAGCGACAAAAAAAAAAGAAAAACAACAAAGUCGCACGUUCACUCACUCCCACACACACAACAGCGUACGCACCUCGCACGCAUACAAGCGCAGCCAGCCCAGCCGAUAACCUGCUCGUGUAUGUGUGAGGCAAUCGCCUCGCAAUCAAAUCACUGAAAACGAAAACAAAAUCAACAACAACAAAUACAAAAACAACAAUAGGGGUGCCGUCAGCAGCUGUAGAAAGCAUCUUGGCAGAAAGAUGGGCCUGCUAUUGUCCCGACUGUGGCGGAUGUUUGGAAACGAGGAGCACAAGCUGGUCAUGGUGGGACUGGACAACGCGGGCAAAACGACAAUCCUGUAUCAGUUUCUCAUGAAUGAAGUGGUCCACACCAGCCCCACGAUCGGCUCCAACGUCGAGGAAGUUGUCUGGCGCAACAUCCACUUCCUGGUGUGGGAUCUCGGCGGCCAGCAGAGCCUUCGCGCCGCCUGGAGCACCUAUUACACGAACACAGAACUGGUGAUCAUGGUCAUAGACUCCACGGACAGGGAACGGCUGGCAGUGACGCGGGAGGAGCUCUACCGGAUGCUGCAGCACGAGGAUUUGAGCAAGGCCAGCCUGCUGGUGUACGCGAACAAGCAGGACCUCAAGGGAUCGAUGUCGGCGGCGGAGAUAUCGCGACAACUGGACCUCACCUCGAUCAAGAAGCAUCAGUGGCACAUCCAGGCGUGCUGCGCGCUGACGGGCGAGGGCCUAUACCAGGGACUGGAGUGGAUUGUGCAGCGGAUCAAAAACAAAUGACACGCCACGCCGGAUUAGUAGCUAAUCAAUUACCAACAUAGCUAAGCCUGUCUAGAAAAGUAAACUAAUUUUGAUAUAAACAAAUUUUUAAGCGUUUCCAAAUUGUUUUGAGAUGAUUACGAAGAGUUGUUGCCAAGCCAAUUUUAUUUAGUGUAAAAUAACGAAGACGACGAUCCCCUCAAUGAUAAUGAUACGAAAAUUGUGCGUGUAUAUGGAUAAUGUGUCUAGGAGCUAAGCCAAUUAUUAAUUAACUAACGAUACUUCCAAUAAAAUUACAAAAUAAACGUG